GGUCACCACUUGUCAAACGCAUGAUUGACUUGAGUAAAAACGACGACUUUUCCUCAAAAAAUUUCAUUAAUGGUAACCUAAAAACAGUGUCAUAUCAUAUCAAAUGGCUUCAUAUGGCAAAUGAUGACGAGUUGGAUAUAUAUAUUAUUGAAUUUCUUGCUAACAACCGAUUUAAUUGGCAACAAGAUAAAGAAAACCUGGAAAGAAAAAUAAAGGAUUUAAGAGACACUAUAUAUAAAUAUAAUAAAUGGCGAAAUAUAAGACCUGUUAUUAAUUUUGAUGAAGAGAAAGCGAUUGCUGAGAUUAAUGAAUUAAGCAACGAAGAUAGUGAUGAUGGUGAUGAAGAUAGUGAUGAUGGUGAUGAAGAUAGUGAAGAUGGUGAUGAAGAUAGUGAAGAAUAUGGCAAAUUAAG